GAAUAAUGAUUUAAAAGUAGUGUACAAAUUUUCUUAAAAUAUAUUUUGACUAAAACACCCACAAAAUCAAGGCGUGUUCGUCGCAUUCUGUUUUGUAUGUGAAAAUGUGAAAAUCAAUAUCAAAGUAAAAUCGAAGAAGAAAAGUGCAUUUUUUAAUUAAAUAUUAAGACGUAACAUAAUGUGAAAUCUUCGUAUUCUUAAUAUUAUUAACGAAAAUUUUUGGUGAUUUUUUAAGAAGAAGUACGAAGAAAAGUUUAAGAAAUGAUGUAAAUUAAGAAAACACAACAACAUACUAUAAGAAUAAUAUCAACAGAAUAGCAGCAACAACAAAACAUAGUCAAGUAGAAUAUGUUCAUGAACUUAUGUGAAAAAAUACGUACGUGAAGUGCAGAAGAUACGGUCGGCGAAUAAGGUCAAAAUAAAACACGAAAAAGGUUUUGUGCGACGGUUCCACGAUCCAACCAGAAUUUGUAAAUGAAAACGACGUUGUUGGACGGUCUUUUUGUUGUUAUUAUUUGUCGUCGUAAUUAUUUCGUAGUGUGUGAUUCAUCCGAUUAUUUUCAACUGUAGAGUCUCAGAUACUCACGUCCGUAGUCGCUUGGUUGGUUGACGUCGAUUAUUUCGUUUUAUUUUUCUUUUACUCUUCGCUUUUUCCGCGUGUCUUUGCUUUGCACUUCGUUGCUGCUCCUCUUUUAUUCUUGGAUACAUUUAUAUCCAUAGCUGGCAGUGCUGUUGUUGUAGCUGUUGCGCCAUAUUUCUGGUUCUUGCUAUCGUCACCGUUGUUUUUUAAGUUAUGGACAUUGGCAUUAAAGGAGGAGGGGGACCAGGAAGUGGAGGAGUUUCCGCUGUCGUUGAAUAUGAUUAUACAGCGAAGGAGCCAGAUGAACUGGAUUUAGUUAAAGGUGCUAUAAUUCAUAGCAUUAAACAAAUGUCGGGCGGCUGGUGGGAAGGCACUCUACAAACAAAUGGCAAAACUGGCAUGUUUCCGGAUAACUUUGUGCGUGUAGUCGACAUGAAUGACGAUAACACAGUUAUAUUAAGGGACAAGUCGGCGACUAGUAAUCGUCGCUGUAAAGUUAUUUACAGUUAUACGCAAGUCAAUGAUGACGAACUUUCUUUGGCUGUGGGUGAUGUCAUCGAAUUUCUGGGGGAGGUCGAAGAAGGCUGGUGGCGUGGACGUCUGAGAAAUAAAAUUGGUGUUUUCCCUUCAAAUUUCGUUAAAGUCAUCGAACCCUCGCCGGUGUUUGCCAGUAAACGACCGCCCUCAACUGCAAAUUCGGUUGGUGACGGCAUAAAUUCAUCUAUGUCGACAGCAAGUAGUAAAACAACAUCACUAACAACGGCAAACGCAAUUUCAACAAAAAAGACGCAUCGUCUGAGUUUUCAUAAUUCCAAAGAGGAUUUACUUAGCAAUACAACAACGACAACAACAACAGCAGCAACAAUUGCUGGCAGCGGUAACGGCACGUCAAUGCAAGCGGAUGAUGUAGCCCCAAGCUUGCCGCCAAAACCGCAACGGGAAUAUUGUCGUGUAGAAUUUCCGUACGCGCCGCAAAAUGACGACGAGUUGGAGUUGAAAGUGGGCGACAUAAUUAUUAUACACAGUAUGGAGUUGCCGGAUAAAGGCUGGUGGAAGGGUGAACUCCGUGGCAAAAUUGGCGUUUUCCCAGAUAAUUUUGUUAAGCUUAUACCGCCCAGUGACGUUUCGCCGUUAAACGACAGCAAUCAUCAGCAUCAGGCACAACCGCAGCAAUCCCAUAGAACUGCCAAAUCGACAAACAUUACGAACAAUAUUGUUAGUAAUGCAACGGCAACUGCCUCAAACUUAAGCGCAUCCUCCAUGUCCACCGCUAAUAACAUUGUUAAUAGUGUUGGUGCUUCUACUAAAUCUUUAAUAAAAAAAUCGGGCAGUACAUCUUCAACGCAUAGUUCGAAUCGAAAAGAUAGUUUUGGCUCACGUGAUUCGUUAAACGAUAUACUUUCUGAAACGGGUCUGCCUAGCGGUAAUGUGGCGGCUCAACGCAAGUCAUUGGAAAGUAAAAAUCUAGAUUUAACAAAUGCUUCAGACGCAGCAACACGUUUGGCUUUAAAGAAGCAACAACAGCAACAUCAGCAACAUCAGUUAAAUAUACAGCAACAGCAAGAAACUAAAAACGGAAGUAGCAGCAGCAGCGGCAGCAACGGUUUCGCAAACAACAUAACUAACUCGAUGAGUAACUCUUCAAGUGAGUUGCGCAAAAGUAACGAAAAUGUUGAUGACAAAACGAAAACCGCACCGCCACCAGUACUUAGUAAAAAACCCACCAUACCUAAUAAAAAAUCAAAUUCAGUUUCAAGUGUUGCGGGCAACAUAUUUUCGGGUCUCAAGCAGAAGGUAAAAAAUGUUGAAAACAAGCUUACUACGGCGGUGUCUCACGACGCUGCUGAUGGUUUGUCUAGUAGCAAACUAUCACCCAGUAGUUCGGUAGCGAAUUCAAAUGAUAGUAAUGUUGUUAUACGUCGAGCAGCCACUAUAGCUGGUGAAGAUACAGAAUUCGAUCAUGUGGAGCGCAGUUCCAUUUUAACGGAUAUGCGUGCUGGACGCGUGAAGGCGCCCAAACGUCGACCACCAUCAGCGGCCAUGUACUCCGUGGGAGAGAGCAAUAACAACACGUUAUAUUUAAAUGGUAGUGGCAGUGGUAGCGAAGCGAAUCACAGCGACGAUCAACUGAAAUCUGAUGACAAUUCCACAAGUGAAGAGCAAUUAGCUAAACCAAAACCACGUGAAUGGGAACGCAAGAAGGCACCUUGGAUGGAGGAGUUGAAGGCAUCGCAAGUUCGAAAGAAGACUCCUUCACCGAAUGUGGAAGGUCAGGCAGCAACAAGUACCGCCGCCGGUAACGGUGGUACUACCAGUUCAGUAGCCGAAAGAACCUCUAAGCUAUUUGGCGAAGAAUUAAAAAUAAGUAACUCUAGUUCAAAUAUUGUAACGACAAGCGCCACCAAUACUAAUUGCAUUGUUAGCAAUUCUGUGAAGAUGCAACAGUCAAUGGUGAUGGAAAGUAGUAAUAGUACGAGUACCACCACCACCAGCAAACUUUCAACGGAGGCCAUGACCAAAAGCUUAAGCGCCAAGUUGACUUCGGAAACAAUUGCGUCUACAAAUUUAGUCAACAGUUCAAUACAUUCCACUACAAGUACGGUAGAAGAUGUGCGAGCAAGGCCAAACAGUUUAUCGUUACGCAAUCGCAGCUUAUCGCCAUCCUUGGCCUCCUCCAGUCAACGUUCAAAUAAUUUAAAAUCAACCAACGCGACCAAUAGUGGCAGCAAUACAUCAGCCUCUCCCGCCGAAAUAUCUUCCAACGCAAUCGCAACAACGGCCCAAAAAUCGAACAACACUAAUUCGUCAAAUGUCAUAAAUAAUCAUCAACAUCUGCAUCCUCAUCCUCCUCAGCAACAUCAACAUCAUCAUCAUCAUCAUCAUCACAAUCAAUUGGAGAACAAUAUUGGUAGUAAAACGGACAACGCUCGCUUAGUUGAAUUAGAAUUGCGAGUGGACAAAUUGGAAACGCUAGUAUACUCACAGCAACGUACCAUCGACGAGCUGGUACGUUCAUUGCGAGAUGAGACGGAUCGCGUCAAGAAUCUAAGAAGUGAACUGGAUAAAUAUGCACAGUGCGUGACUCAAGUUUGAAGACGAAAACGUUUGUAGUUUUUCAGUAGUCUAGUAAUUUUUCAAUCGCAAUAGAAAGUGUGUGAAAGGGAGAGAGAGCGAGAGAGAGAGAGAGAGCGAGAGAGAGAGAGUGAAUGAAAAGAUAAAGAUAUAUAAUUUUUUGAUUGCAUGCACGACAUGAGUGGGCUGUAGGGCUGUCGAUACGAUAUAGAAAUUUGUUGGACAUCAUAAAAAAGAAGAGAAACCCUUCAAAGUCAAUGGUUGAUUUGCAGCAUUUACAUCAAUCAACUGUCCCUUGGGGGGUGUGCUCAAACAUUUUCUUACUAAUUCUUUUCUUUUCUUUUUUUUUUUUCUAUUGUUUAUUUUCUAUAUCUACAUUUAUG